AUGCAUGUACAAUUUAAUAUUCCUCACAAGAAUGAAAAUAUUAAUCAUCCAUCUCGUAUGUCUACAUAUUAUUCAAACCCAACAACAACAUCCUAUAUUGAUUUACGUCCUCGUGUUAAUAGUAGAAAACCUGACCUUAAUGGUGCAGCACAACGAAAAACAUAUAAUUCUUAUCAGAAAUUUCAAGCAGGUUCAACCACUACCUUUUCUGGUUAUACAAAUAUAUCGACUUAUAAUAGAAACAACAACAUGAAUAAGAACAUUUUUACACGAAGAACAUCACAUGAAAAUAAUAACUAUACGAAAUCAUCAAAAAAUAAUUACCAAAAUAAUAAUAAUAAUAAUAGAUUUUAUUCAAAUGGCAUAAAUGUACCUUCUCUUAUGACAAUAGAUUCGUUUCAGUUACCAUCACGUCGGAAUUGUCGUACAAUUCAACAAGCUGAACAAUAUAAAAAUCGAUCAUCAAUCAAUCAAUAUUCUAUGAGAAAAUUCGACAAUAAUGAUAAACCAUUUUCAACAACAACAAAAGCAUAUAAAUUUAAUGGAUUAAUUUUAUCAGAUUCCAUGUGUCGAUACGUACGUGAAGAACAGGUGAGUUCGAAUGAAAUAAAAGUCAAUGUAUCAUUCGAAUCAGGCUGCGAUUGCAGUCGAAUGCUCGAUUAUUUAAACGACUUAAGUAUUAAUGAAAAUCAUUUAUUAAAUGUUGAUUUUAUUGUUUUUUCUUUGUGUACCAACGAUGUUGCAAACUAUGGACCAGAUAUUGCUAUUCAACGUUGUCGACAUUUAAUUGAACGAGUUAGACAAUUAUUUCCAAAUAUAGAAAGUCUAGGAUGGUUAGCAUUAUCACCACGAACUAAGCCAUCAAAAUUAUUUAAUUCCUUGGAAAUCAAUAAUAGUAACAUAAAAUUUAAUCAACUUUUACAAAACGUAGCAAAAGCAAUGAAUUUUGAAAUCAUCAAUGCUAAUCUUCAACAACAACACAUGCACAACGAUGGUUUACAUCCAUGUAUUCAGUCUGGUCGCAUUCUUAUUGAAAGAAGAAUACAUAAUUGGUUCUUAAAGCAAAAAAAUGCCUUUUCUAAUUUGGAGAAAAAUCAUACCUUGAAAUUAUAUCAAUCGAAUAAUAACAUUAUACAACAUCAACAAACAUAUACAACCAAUAAUAGAUCAACAACAGCAAUUCAUUACAAACGAAAUAAUAAUGUAAAUAAUGUAAAUGCUCAUCAUUACGUUAAUGUUCAUAAUACAAAUAAUAAUAAUAAUAAUAAUAAUGAUAAUGAUCAUAAUAAAAAUAAUGUUAAUAGUGUUCAUAUUAAAAAUAAGAAUUAUAAUGAUAAAUAUAAUAAUAAUAAUAAUAAAAGAAAUUAUAAUAUGAACGAACAAAACAAUAGAAAUAGAUUUCAAAAAACAACUAACUAUGAAAUGCAUAUGAACAUAAAUGAAUACGAUAUGCAACAUCAAUUAGAGAAGAAAUUAAAUUACUAUCAACUAAGUAAGAUACUAAUUCCUCAAUAUCCUCAUUUUUUAAGACAUAAACAAGAAUUUUUUCGGAAAAUACAAAUACCAUUGGAAUUAGAAAAUAGAAAAGACGAGAUAUUUGAUUUAAGUAAUAUACAUUAG